ACCUACUUCUAGGUUCGACCGUACUCUCCCCCAGGGUACGGGUGGGUCGGGCCCCAGGGCGGCCGCUGAGUGGCGGAUGGCCCGCGGUGGGCCCCACCGGGGGGGGGGAGGGUACAGGGUUUUUACAUACCCUCCCCCAAAGUCCUUCAUUCCUGGGUCAAUCGGUAUGAUUUUAGGAUCUGAAUUUUUCUUAUUUUUUUCUCUAAUUUCCUAUCCCGGUCCGAUUCCGCCUGCUGUAUCAUAUGUGGUCGGACUGGUCCGGGUCUGAUUUCAUUAGGGUCUUGUUUUGUUGGGGUCUGCCAAGCCUUCCUGAACGGGUAGUCUAUACCCAAUCCAGCUAUGAUACAGUCUGUUUACCCUAAUGAGAUCAUGCCUCAGGCAUCUAAUGAGAUCACCUGCGAGCUGCCUGAUCAAUCAUAUCACCUCCGGAGGCCUGCACCCAGUUCCUAUCACCAUGAUCCAAUCGGUGCGCUCGGGUAUGGUCCAGUCAGUUAUAAUCCAGUUGGCCAGUUUGGUCCGGUCAGUCCUGGUCAUGUUGGUCCGGUCAGAUCAGUCACGGUUGCGCUGGUCAGGUUGGUCAUGGUCAGGUCAGGUCAGUC